UUUCUGCAUCACCACACCAACAAGCUUACCACUAAACAGACCACCAGGAUGGAUUGUGAGCGCUUUUCAGCUGACAGCAAGCGCAAGUACAAGCUGUACUUCAAUCUAUUGCACUCGAAAAUGCGUAAGAACAGCGUUGAUAAGCGCAACACGUACAAUAUAGAUAAGAAAGGCUUCUUUAUUAGCAUUAAUAGUUAG